GAUGAGUCAAUUUAGAUAAGAAGAUAAUUAAAAAUAAGAGAUCUAAGAUGAUAAUCUAAUGUUUUAUAUAAUUUUAAUUUUAUAGAAGGCAAAUACCUAACUAUAGUAGGUUUCUACCUAUAGCAAAUAUAAACAGGAUCAUGAAAAAGGCACUUCCUGAAAAUGCAAAGAUUGCUAAAGAUGCAAAAGAAACAGUCUAAGAAUGUGUUUCAGAGUAAUGAAUAAAUAAAUAAAUAGAUUCAUUUCAUUUAUAACAUCAGAAGCUUGUGAAAAAUGUAAGAAUGAGAAAAGAAAGACAAUAAAUGGAGAAGACUUAUUGUAUGCCAUUAAUACAUUAGGUUUUGAAAGUUAUGUAGAUAUAUUAAAACUCUAUUUAAAUAAAUAUAGAGAGGUAUGACAUACAUUAAAUUGGAUAGGCAGUUAAAGCGGUAGAGGGUACUACAGGAGCAACAAAUUAAAAAAGGAAAAGGUAAAAUUCAUCAGAUGAUGAUGAAGAGGAUGAUGAAGAAGAUGAAGAAGAUAAUGAUGAUGAUGAUCAAUCGUGAAC